GUGGGCCUCAAGAACAAUGAAACUAUAGUCUCCUUUGUUGAAAAACAGAGAAAUCCGAAUCCAAAACCCUGCUGCUCUCUUUCCCAUUCGUCUUUUUCUCUCUUUCUUGAGGAAAAAAACCUUACUUUCAAGCUCCCAUGGCUGCUAAGAACGAAGUGAAAAAGCGAAAGCUCAUCAAGAAGGCAGCAGAUUCCAUGGCUACACCUUCUAAAAUCAACAAGAACAACAAGAAGCAACAGCAAAAAACACCCAAAUCCAGUAAUUCUAACCCACCCACUUCCGAUUCUGGCUCCGGCUCCGGCUCCGGCUCCGGCUCCGGCUCCGAUUCCGACUCCGACCCAUUACCGGUUAAACUUCAGAAACUUCUCGAACCUUUCUCAAAGGAUCAACUCGUUUCCUUAGCUGUGGAUACUGCACUUUCUCAUCCUUCUUUUUACAACCUUAUACAGUCAACCGCCGACAAAGAUAUUACCCACCGGAAAAUUUUCGUUUAUGGGUUGACGCGUGAUACCACGCGCCAAACCCUUCUCUCUGUAUUUGAACAAUACGGAGAGAUUGACGAAUGCAAUGUUGUGAUCGAUCAUGUUACCGGAAAGGCGAAAGGGUAUGCUUUUGUUGUGUUUAAGACUCGGAAAUCAGCUGCGAAAGCGCUGAAAGAACCUCAGAAGACGAUUAACAAUCGUUUGGCUUCAUGUAAGUUGGCUUCAAUGAAAGAGACUGUUGCUUCCGGGACUAAUGAAUUUGGUAGUCGGAAGAUAUAUGUUAGUAAUGUGCCAAAGGAUGUGAAUUCGGAGAAAUUAAGGAGUUUUUUUGCGAAGUUUGGGGAAAUUGAGGUUGGACCGCUGGGAUUUGAUCCAUCGACUGGGAAAUCGAAAGGGUAUGCUUUGUUUGUGUAUAAGACAGUAGAGGAAGCAAAGAAAUGUUUGGAAGAGCCGUGUAAGAUGUUUGAGGGGCGGCAAUUGUAUUGCAAGAAGGCGGCAGAGGGGAAAAUUGGUGGUGGAGCGGCUAGUAUUACUACAGAGAUUGUACAGCAGCCGUUGCUGGCAAUGCCAUCAGGGCAAGGUGUGUAUGGUUCAGUUGCAGCUGCUCAGAGUAUGGGGAUGUUGGGUCAGAACGCUAACGUGGCAAUGAUGAAUCCGUUUUAUGGUGGAGUACUUGCUAACCCAUAUGGAGGAUAUGUUAAUCCAUUUGUAGGAGUUGGUGGUUUCGGGCAGCAAAUGGGGAUGGCAGCUGGAUAUGGUGGUUUGUUAGAUAGUUUAGGAGGGGGUGUUUCGGGUUUAGGGGCAUAUGGUGGUGUUGGUAGCAGUACGGGUGGUUCUACUGGGGGAAUGGCGCCUGGCUUAUUGCAGCUCUACCAAAAUAAGCAGGUUGGGCAACCUUCAUCUGCAAAGCAUCCGGGGAGUAGUGGCUACUCGUCACACUUGUGAUGAACAACGCCUGAUUCAUGAUGAAACAAAGUCAUUGAAGCAUUUGAUGAGUGUCUAAGGGUCAGUCUUUGUCAGUGGCUUGGGUUUUAUUGGAUCUGUAGCCAUAUGUUUCUUAUUUUUUUCCUUUCAUAUAAUUCAUACUUCUUACUGAUAAGCCAAGUUCCUAUAGGACUUGGUAGAUUUUAUGUCCUAUGUCAUUGCCCUUCUCUUUGGCGGAUAAAUUUCUCAUUUUUCCUUUUA